AUGUUGUGUAACCCUUUCAUUCGAAAAUUCAAAAUAUUGCCUCCUCUAAAAGUUCCAGACCAAAGUUCUGUUGAAAUAUUUUAUAUCUUAGUGCAUGACAGUUUCAUUAAUAAUUAUAAGAUUAUUGCUGUUAAUCACCUUAGUAGAAAAAUAGAAGCCAGCGUCCAUAUUUUGGGUACAGAUCAUUGGAGAAGGAUUCGGAAUGUCCCAGAUCCUAACCUUAUUCUAGAGUCUAGAUUGGGAACAUUUGUGAAUGACUCUGUUAAUUGGUUGGUAUGUGCUGCUGUACGGUCCAUUGUUUCUCUUGAUUUGGAGAAGAAAGAGUCUUAUAAAAAAUUUGCACUGCCGGUCUUUGAUGAUAUUACCUCUUUUUUGACCUUAGGGACAUUGCGGGGUUGUUUGUCUCUCCUUUUUGACAAGAGGGACGAGUUUUGUGAUGUUUGGAUUAUGAAAGAAUACGGUAAUGAAAAGUCUUGGACGAAAUUGUUAAUUGUUCCUCACAUGAAAGAAAGUCAUUUUUAUGGGUAUACCAAGGCAUUAUAUAUUUCAGAGGAUGACAAAGUGCUGAUGGAGUGUAUGAAGAUGGGAAUAAGUAGUUUGGUUGUUUAUGAUUCCAUAAAUAAUAAUUUCAAGAUUCCUAAAUUUCAAUACAAAAACGAGGGUGAGAUGACACCUGAUGUAUAUGUUGAGAGUUUGAUAUCACCUUGGUAG